CACAACCCAGAGCGCGCGGCUGUGCCACCUGCUGCUUCUUCUUCUCUUUCCUCUCUUGUGCCUUGGCGUGUUUGUUGGACACGAGGACAUCCAAGCGCACAGCACAAUCACUCAAAAGUGCUCUCCAUUCAUCUGCAGCAGCUUUUGGGGCUUCUUCCUUGCUCUGCUCCGGCUUGUCGAAGGCUGUCACACAGAGCCCAGCCCCCCAGCACCCAGCACCCAGCACCCAGGUGCCAGACAUCCCACCACCACCACCACCACCACACCUGAACACGACAACACAGCACCAUGGGCACAAGGCGGAGGCGCAGGGAACUGUCCGGCAGCGUUGCCAAGGUGUACGCGGACGUGAACGCGCACAAACCCCGCGAGUACUGGGACUACGAGGCCCUCGCGCUGCAAUGGGGGAACCCAGAGCCGUACCAAAUCACAUGCAAGCUUGGCCGUGGCAAGUACAGCGAAGUGUUUGAAGGUAUCGACACAAGAACAAACAAAACCAUUGUCAUCAAGGUUCUCAAGCCGGUGAAGAAGAAGAAGAUCAAGCGUGAAAUCAAGGUUCUGCAAAACCUCGCUGGUGGUGUCAAUGUCAUCAACCUUCUCGACGUCGUGCGGGACCCCAAGUCGAAAACGCCGGCUCUCAUCUUCGAACACGUCAACAACACAGACUUCAAAGUGCUCUUUCCACGCUUCACCCUGCAGGACAUCCGCUACUACUUGUACCAGCUGCUCAAGGCAUUGGACUUUUGCCACUCCAAAGGCAUCAUGCACCGCGACGUGAAGCCACACAACUUUAUGAUUGAUCACGAGAAGAAGGAGCUUCGAUUGAUUGAUUGGGGGUUGGCCGAAUUCUAUCACGCUGGCCGUGAAUACAACGUGCGAGUGGCUUCCAGAUACUUCAAAGGCCCCGAACUGCUUGUCAACUUUGAGGAGUAUGAUUAUUCGUUGGAUCUCUGGAGCUUCGGCUGCGUCAUGGCCAGCAUGAUUUUCCGCAAGGAGCCCUUCUUCCAUGGCCACGACAACUACGACCAGCUGAUCAAGAUUGCCAAGGUGCUCGGGACGGACGACUUGCACGCUUACAUUGAGAAGUACAAGAUUGUGCUCGACCAACACUACCACCAGCUCCUGCCAAACGUGCGCACGGCACCGAAGAACUGGAUGCGGUUUGUCAACCCGGAGAACAAGCACUUGGUGACACCCGACGGCAUUGAUCUUCUCGACAACUUGCUUCGCUACGACCACCAGGAGCGACUGACGGCAACCGAGGCGAUGGCGCACAAGUUCUUUGAUUCCGUGCGGGAGGCGGGCGCCGAAGAGGCGGGUGUUGCCGACCAGGCAGCGCCAGCGGCAGCAUGAACAUCACAUCGCACCAAAACACGCACGGCCUUUCCUCCUCCGCGCCCCUUGUUCAUUCCCUUGCCUCCGCUUGAUGUCUUUGAUCUCGUCGCUGUGCUAACCGUCAGCCCGUCCGCUUCUUUGUGGUGCCUCGUACCUCGUUGUCGCGCACAUGCCCAUUGCCAUCCCCCCUCCCUCUCUCAGUCCUCAGAAUUCUCCAAGUGAAUGGCGUGUGACUGCGUGCAUGUGAUCGUGGGAACGAGUGUCUCAGAGUGAUUUGUGUACGUGAGUGAGUGAUUGAGUGAUGGAGUGCAGUUACAGCUGUUUUGUGGUCUUUGGCUCAGGUCGUAUCACUGUGGUGUUGUUGUCGUCAAAUCAGAGGGGUUGCUUUGCCCUGCCACGUCGAUACACUUCUUCAUCCCCUCCUGGAUCGUUUGGUCCCCCUGUCCAUUUCUUCUGCUUCUCCACCCCCCCCCAUGCGUGAUUCUUGGUUUGCUUUUCAGUCUCGUGCAGUGUUUGGACCGGCUUCAUUGUUUCUCUCCCCACGCCAUCUUUGCGCAGCCCCUUUUGUCUUCUUCUCUUUCAACGUCUUACCCUUCCCAGUGCUUCUUGUUUGUCCUACCCUUGUUCUUUGUUGAUGUAUCUAAAGUAACCACUACAAGCGUAAGCGUGACCCUGCUCUGGUGUAUUGUGCUGUGCUGUCACUCUUCACCGCCAACAUCUCGCCUCACAUGACACCACCUCCGCAACCUUUUCUCAAUGUUUUGUUUUCUUGCUCCUCAGUUGGUGCUGUGUCAUGAAUGUCACGACGUGUUUGGUUCGUGUUCCCUUUCCAUUCAUGAUGCUGCUACUGAUGAUGAGUGGGGAUGUGCUUUCGUUGUGUGUUGUUGUUGUCGUCAUGUCACAUCAUUAGCGCCUUGAUGCUAGCUGGUAAAAACACAACAUCAAUACUCGGCUCUGGUCACAACCUCGGCGAAAUGAGCAGGGUGGGCAUCAUGUGAUGUUACAAGCAA